AUGCAUAUUGAAAAAAAUGUGCGUGAGAGUAUUAUUGGUACCUUACUUGAUAUCCCCAGCAAAACUAAGGACGGUCUAAAUAGUCGUUUAGAUCUCGUUGAAAUAGGUAUACGACAAUCUCUGGCACCUCAGAAGAAAGGUGAACGUUUAUAUUUGCCUCCUGCUUGUUUCACUUUGUCCAAAAAAGAGAAACAACCAGUUUGCAAAUCACUUGCAAAUAUGAAAGUACCCGAUGGUUACUCGUCUAACAUCAAAAACUUGGUGAAUGAGACUGAAUUGAAACUAAUGGGUCUGAAAUCACAUGAUUGUCAUGCGUUAAUGCAACAUCUACUUCCAAUUGCCAUUAGAUCAGUCUUGCCAAAAUAUGUUCGAGAAUGUUUGACACAUGUUUGCAUUUUCUUUAAUAGGUUGUGCGGGAAGGAAUUAGAAUUGGAUAAGUUAGAUGCAUUACAUGAACAUGUAGCGAAAACAUUGUGCAACCUGGAAAAGUUUUUUCCGCCAUCUUUUUUCGACAUCAUGAUCCAUUUAAUGGUUCAUCUAGUGAGAGAAGCAAGGCUGUGUGGGCCGGUGUGGGUGAGAUGGAUGUAUCUAUUUGAAAGAAAUAUGAAGGUACUUAAAAGUUAUGUGCGUAACCACUAUCAACCAGAAGCAUGUAUGGUUGAGUGCUACAUAUCUGAAGAGGCUGUGGAAUUUUGUUCAGAGUACAUGGCUGGAGUUGAGGCAAUAGGAAUUAGCAAACCAAGAAUUGACCCUGAUGAUGUUGAUAGAGGAUUAAGGGGGAAAGGGACAAUGGUGACAGUGUCCAAGCUUGAACUAGAUCAAGCUCAAUUAGUCGUGAUGAACAAUAACGCAGAGGUUCAACCAUAUAUAACGAAUACAAUUAUAUCAAAGUUGAACGAACCGAAUCAUGGAGUAUCUGAUGUGUUGAGUCGUAUUGCCCUUGGACCAACUUUUACGGUUGCAAAGCAUGAAGCGUACAUUGUAAGGGGUAAACGUUUUCAUACAAAGUCAAGAGAUGAUGCUCGAGAGGUUCAAAAUAGUGGUAUACGUAUCGUCGCAGAAACUAUGCACUUUGCAAGUGCAAAAGAUAGAAACCCUGUUUUAGGUACUAUGACGUAUUAUGGGGUCAUUGAAGAAAUAUGGGAGCUCAAUUAUUUUGCGUUCCGAAUUCCACUUUUUAAAUGUUCUUGGGUUGACAACAAUGUUGGAGUAAAAACUGACGAGCUUGGUUUUACUUUGGUUGAUUUAAAGAGGAGGUUCUUAGAGACUGAAGAGGAUGCAGAGAAUGCUGACUUAUGUUACGAUGACUUCAUUGUUGGACAACCAAUUCACGAGCAACUUAUGGGAAUUGAUCGUAACAUUGAGGAAGACGACGCUGAAUACAUUAGAAACGAUAUUAAUGAGGGAAUAUGGGUCAAUUGUGAUUCAGACAUGGUGAACUCGGAAUCAGGAUCUGAUUCGGGCGCAGAAAAUGAGUGUCCAACCACAAUACCUACACGAGGGCCGACGCAAAUGAAUGAAAUAUCAAAACUAAUGGUGUAA